CAGCAAGUGCUCACAGGCAUGUGGGGCUUGGGUUCCUCCUGUGGUGCUAAAAAAAUCAAAAUUGGUGAUGUUAUAAAAUUUUAGAGCUUGGGCUCUACAGAAACUGAAGAUCAUCAAGAAAGCAAAUUCCUUUUAUACCAUCUGGAAAUGACACAGGGUGGGAAAAGGCACCUUGGAGCAUCCCAGGAGGACACAGCAUUCCUCCUUAUCUUAGAACUCUCCCAGCCACAGAGUAUUUUUUUGCAGAACCAAAAUGAGCCAGACCUCAGUGUCCUUGAGCAGAGUGUGACCACAAGAUGUCACAGUUGCUUUGCUGUGAUGCGUGGUCCUGCCUUUGCCCUGUCCCAGUCCUGCCCCUUUCCCACUCCCAGCCUUCACCCCCAGGUAUCCCUAUGAACACACAUGCUGGUUUUUGGGGGUUUUGCUGCUGUGUUUUGUUCAUUGGGUUCUUUUUUGGCAAAGCAAGCUUCUUCAUUGUAUUCUGGGCAAGGUUAGGCAUUUAGGUUUCUGUCUCAUAUACAGGUCAUUCAUGGUAUAUAAAAUCAGUUUCCCCAGAUUUAUGCCCUUGCUGUAGGUCCAGCUGGCAGACAACAAUUUUGAGUGGAGCCAGAGGAAAAAAUCAAAGUAAAAAUGCAAAAAUACACUUCUUGGUGCUGCCAGAGCUACUGCUCAGUGUCCCCACAGACCUCAGGUGCCUUUGCCAGAUGGUGUGGGAGACUCAGAAAACACCACAAUGUUGUGGACUUCAGAGGUUUUUGUUCUUUAUAGCCUAUUGCUAAAUUUAUUUCUUUUUCUGCCCCAGAAAGCUGCCUGCAUAGCCUGGAUGGGGUCCCAGGGGCUGAUGCUUACACCAGUUCACCCUGAAGUAGAGCAAGAAAGGAGUUUAGUCGCAGAAGAAGCUGAUGAGCCUUGCAGGAUCCAGCUAUGGGCCUUUUGGGCUAGUCCCUUCUAGUGUGCACAUUGAAUUAAAGACCUAAUUCAUGGCCUGGGAGAGCAAUUGCUAUGGAUGCUCCAAACAAACAGCACUUUCUUUCCCGCCCGCCUGGCUGGUGCCUCUUCCCCGCUGGAGCCAGGCAGGGCUCCUCAUCUGGCCCCUGUGCUCCAGGGCACCAGGAGGAAAGCUUUGCUCCACCAGCCACAUGGGAAAAACAAACCCUCAGCUACAAAGAGGAGCUGCUGAGGGGAGCAGCAAGGGCACAAGGGUGCCUGCAGGAAGGGCAGAGGAAGAAGCAGAGGUUUGCUCUGCCUUCUGUGCUCGUCAUUCCUUGUCCUCCAGUUGCUGCCACUGCCAUGGGAUCCAGCCACGUCCCCUGGGGAAGGUGCAGAGCCCCACGUGCUUUGUCCCCAGGGGUGGCUGGGACAGGGCUGACCUCGAGCCCUUUGCCCUUUCCCACCCAGGGGAGCAUGAGAACAUCCCGGGGGCCCGGCGGUUCCCAGCUGGCUGGAGGGCUUGGCUUGGGACAGCAGGUCCCCAUAGGGGAUGGGCUCAGGGGCAGCUGGGUGAGCUGGGUCACCUUUGCCCACAGAUGGUGGCUUAGCAUGAGAGCAUCUGGGCAAGGGGCAGGGAAGGCUCCUGUAACCCCUGAGCUCAUAACUGAGGAGCAAACACUGUGGUUGGCCCUCAUCUCCAGGUCAGCAGCUUUGGUGGCUGGAGCUCUGCUGGGCACAUCCUGGGGGCCAGGCAGGCAGGUCCACUGAGAACUGCACAUCCUGGCCUGUACAUCUGGGAGCUUCUCAACAGUUUGGGAAUCCUGACUGUGGCUGGGUGUUCUCUGCAGUGGAUUUCUGGCUAUCAGGAAUUCAGAAAAGUUCGAGAUUGCUCUUCCUCUUGCUCUUCCUCUGCCAGGACUGUGAGAUGAGCCUUGGAGCCGUUUGUGAACCCUGCAUGCAGUUUCAGCAGGGAGCAGCAGCCUGUCAGAACAGAGGAGCAGUUACCAACUGGGUUGCUGGAUCCUGCUGUGCCUUUUGACUGAUAUCUGAAAGAGGAAAAGGUCCCUUCCACCCUGAGAGAGAUGCCAGCCCUGCUUGCUUCUUGCUGGUGGGCAGUGUGAGGAGUAGUCAUCUGAUUUCCCCACAUGGAAUGAUGACACCCCAGGUUCCAGAAUCCUUGUUCCAUCUUCAUCAGCCCAUGUGUCAUUGACUCAUUUUUUUUUCACCUAUGUGUCAUUAAAAUAAGCCUUCUCUGCAAUAAGGGUAAGACCAGAAAAAGCGUACAGCCCGAGCAGUGCUGUGCAUCCUGGCACUGUUCUGUAGUGCUUUUAUUCCCCUGGCUUCACUCACCAGGUUUUGCACACUUCAGGGUUGCCAGUGUUGCUGAUCUGAAUUGCCUUAAAACAUCCUGGGGUUUGAGUCCUGGUGCUGCCUUGGUUUCCUACCCUGCCUCUCCCAACAGCCACAUCCGGGAUCCUCUCAGAGCAACACAGCACUGGAACAUGGAGAGUUUUCGGGCAAGUCUGGGGCACCCCACUGCUAUUGGGAUGAGAGCCCGUGUUUACUGUGAAGACUUUCUGUUCCCAAAGGUGCACAGAACUAUGGCAGACCUGUGGUGGAUUUACUCCAAACCUGUCCCAGCAGACAGCAGAGAGCUCUGGACCUUGUUUCUGCAGUGCUCCUGCAUUGCAGCAGUGAUAGGAGGCCUCUUUUACAACUGGAUGUUUGCUUCCCUGGAGUACUCCUGGCACCUCUCCACUGCCAUGGCCAUCUCCUUCACCCUGCUCCUUCUCCUCACUCUUUUUUUGGUGCAUCCUGCCCGUUGUGUCUUCAGCAUGAUCAUGCCCACGUUAGGCACCAAGCAGGGCAGGAAGCUUCUCUUCUCCACCUGCAUCAUGAUUGCAGUGGUGAACAUAACACCCAACAUCAUAAGCAACAUCAAAACCAUACUGCAGGUUAUUCAGUGCAUCUGCAAGAGUUCCUCCGACAGCCUUCUGAACUCAACUGCCCUGCUGGAGAAAGUUUCCUGGGAGUUUGGGGAUGCAAUCCAAGAAGCCACUCAUUCCAUUUAUAAGCCUAUGAAUGGACACUUUCGCUUUUCAUUGUUUCAGAACAGCUCCUUGAUUUACCAAAAAAUGCACCUUACUGGUGAGAAAAUUAGCAGAGAGUUCUUGUCUGUUGAGGAACUGGUCAAAGACUCUGUCCGAGUGGCCAACAGACUGGCUGCUGGUUUCUUCAUGCUCUAUCUCUGUUUUGAGUCCACCUGUUAUUUGAAAAAUUAUCUCACCAACAUGAGCUUUGACAAUUUUUACAUCACCAAGAAGCUGGAACGUUUAGCCGUGGACAGAAGAGCAACUCAUCUCCUGGUGAGCUCAUCCAAAAAACUCAUGCGCCCAACAGGCUUGAAGCUGUCCAGGCAAGAAGUGGCUCUGUGCCUGGUGCAAGCCAUGCUGGUCACCGUGGCCCUGGUGCUGAUGCUGGUGCUGGUGGCCAUGGACCACUUUGCCUUCAGCGUGGCAGACACGGCGGUGAGGAAGGCAGCUCAGUUCUCUGCAGUGCCUGUCACUCUCGGCAUCAAAUACAAGGCUGAAAUAGGCAUCGUGCCCUUCCUAUUCAAACUUUUGUGGAGUCCUUCUGCGGCACUACUGCUCAAGGACUUCAACAGGACCUACCACCAUCAGCUGAUCUUCAGCUCUGCCCACUGCAGGAUCAGCCCCCCCAGGCCCCCCAACCCCUCUGUGCUGCUCGUUGUGGGGCUGCUCUUCUGCAUCCUCUACGGCACCGUGUUCCUGGGAACGUACGCGCGGCGCCUGUGCCGCGGCAUCGCCGCCUCCUUCUUCCAGAGCUGCGAGGAGAAGAGAGUGCUCCACCUGUACGGGAAACUGGCCAGGAGGCACAGGAAGGAGCAAAACUCCGUGAAGGGUGCUUUGGGAAGUCAGGGGCACGGCUGGAUGUCUGAUACCACAGCACAGGCUUCUGCCACAGGGUCACGCGUUUAAUUUUCCUGAGUUAGGGAAGUGUUUGGAGCUUGGGGAAAAAUACUAAAAAAAUCCCCAAAAACUUAAAAAACCCCAAUGCUAAAAAGGAAAAAAAAAUUGAAAUGUCACAUUUUUGCAUUAAUUUGAGAAAAAUGGGCUACAUUUCCUUUUUUGGUAUUAUUUUAAUAUCUGGAAGAAGAUCUGGAGUCAGCUGUUGCAUAUCUGCAGCACUAGGCAAGGCUAACUGAGAAAUAGAUGGGAGUUGGGGUCAGGGAGGAGCUCAUUUACCUUCUCCACCACAUCUGUGCUGGAAGAAGUACACACUUCCUUUCCUUCUUAAGUUAUACCUUCAGGCAACAAAAAGGGAAAGUUAUUUGACUUGAUUAAUUUAAUUUUCAAUGAGUUUUUCUUUCAGGCUUUGUGCACAGAAAACGGGGUAGACCAGGUAAAUUUAGAAGAUAGCUUAUUCACCAAAGAAAGUGUCACUUCAACCUGCUGAAGUAAAUUCAAGAUUAAUAUGACUAUGAGAGGCCCAUCCUGUGCAUGGUGGUGGAAAUCAGCACAUGAGGGUUUUACAAAAUCUCUUCAAAUUAAAAUAGAAAUAAAAUAUCUGCAGAACCUCAGAAGAUAAUGAGAACAGUCGAUAAAGGUCAAUUUGGGUGUUGAUCUCUUUUCCCAAGUAAGAAGUGAUAGGAUGAGAGAAAACAGCCUCAAGUUGUGCCAGGAGAGGUUAAGAUUUUAUAUUAGGAAAAAAACUCUUCAAGUUUUACCAAGCACUGGCACAGGCUGCCCAGGGCAGUGAUAGGGUCACCAUCCUUGGAGGGAUUUAAAUGACACAAAGAUGUAGAAUUGGGGACAUGUUUUAAUGGACCCUUGGCAGUACUGGGUUAAUGGUUGGAUUUCAUUGUUUUAAAUGUUGUUUCAAGCUCAGAAACUGUGUUAUUGUAUCCAAAUUAACAAAUGCAUCACUUGGUCAGCAUCUGAAAUGUGUUAUUUCUGAUAAAGAGGCACACUGGACACCUCUGUAGGAGCCAGAGGAGAGGCAGAUAAAUCCCUGCCAGGUUAAAAACUAAGCAACUUCACAGCUUCAUUUCUUCGAAGCAUGUCUAUUAUUUUCCUCCCUUCUUCCAUUAAAGUCUUCAUUAAGGUAAUUAUUUGACAUAAUGCACCUCAAUGAGAUUAAAUCACAAAAAUUAAGUGGUAGCUGCUGCCAGAUGCACUGAAUUUUCUCAUCUUCUGAGGUACUUGAAACAAGUAUGUUUGGAUUAUAUUUUUUAAGCAUCUAUCUUACAGAACCCUGGUGGAUUCAUCUCCCCAGGAUUUUUAAUGUCCUGUGGUUCUGAUGAUCAAUCCAAGCACCUUUGUGCCUCUACAGCAACAGGGGGGCUUUGUCAUGGUGUUUCUGUGGAAAAUGCCCUGUGCUCUAUGGUUUGGGUGAAAGCAAAAAGAUUUCCACUGAAUAUCUAAAAUUAUCUGGAGCUGAGGGUUCAAAUAGUUGGGAGGGGAGAAGCCUUCAGACAGCAAUCCAUCCCAGCAGCAUGCUGUCUUCCAACAAGAACAACUUGAAAAGGAGUUUUUCCUCAGGAGGACUUAUCUUUUUGACAUCAGCCAUGUUGUCCCUGGUGCCAAAUUGGGCUGUCAUGUUUUCCCCAGACAGGGGAACUGGCAGGAGGCAGAGCUGCUGGAAAUUGCUCUGCUCUCCUGAGAGGCAUUGUUCCUCAGCCAGAUAAAGGUGUGACAAAAUAGAAAACAUUGCCAUUAUAAAGCUGUAUUGCCCACUGGAGGGGUGAGCUGCCUUGCCGAGGUUUUCUUGAUGGGGCAAGAGAGAAAUGCUGAGCAGAUUAACCAGCAGGAAACGUUAAUUUAUUCACAUUUUUUUUAUUAAGUAGAACCAAUGUACAAGUCUGGUUAUUUGCUGAGGGAUUUUCAUCCCUCAGAGCCCCUCCACACUCACACCCUCCCUCCUGCUCAUCAGGGCUCUCAUUGCCUUUGUUUUCACUCAGCAGGGGGAAUGGGGAGCGAGGCUUUGUCCUGUGUCACUUGGGCACCCCUGAGUGCCCACCUGCUCCCAGGGAAAAUCCCUGCUGCUCAUUCUGCUCCUGCCAUGCACCAUCCUCUGUCCCUGGCUGCAGGGAGUGCUCCAGCACACCUGGGUGCUGGCCGGGGAUGCUGGUGGAGGUGAAAGCUCCGGGUCAGAGGUUGGUGUGCAGCGGGGCAGAGGCAGGGCUGGGAGCCUUUGCUGAUGGGCACCCAACUCCCUGGCUGUGGCUCAUUGGUGCCAGUGCUCCAGGGGACUGUCACCCACUGAAACCUGCUGCAGCUGCCACCAGGAGAUGUGGCCCUGGAUCUGCAUCCCCAGCUGCCAUUCCUGCCAGGAGUUACCACCACGGGAGGAGCUGUUGGCCUGGCAGGACACACAGUUUUGCUUGCCUGGUUUCUUCUUUGCACUGACUGAGAUUUGAGGCUUCUUAAUUAUCUAGAGAAAAACUUUAACUACGAGAGAGAAAGGCUCAUGGAUUGCUUUUUCAUCCACCAGUGCAACAAACCCAGGGGACAGAAAGACACUCCCACACAGGACAAGUCCUACCUGAAGGCCCUGAUUCCCUUGGAAUUUUGUGGUGUAUUUUAGUGAAGGGAUGGAGGUGAACUGACUCCAUUUCCUCAGCCUCAGGUACAUCAGGUAAAAUAUAUGCUAAGGUCCUUUUAUGGCUGGCUGUAAGGCAAGAAUGAAUGGCCUUAAUAUACUAAGGUGCAAGUGUAAAUAAUCCAGCUCAGACAGCCUCUAGGAAAGAUCUCAUUCAUAGCCACAAACCUGCAUCUACCACAGAAGACAGGCAAGCAAACAUAAACCUUUCUCCAGAAGUAUUUUCUGAUUUUUAAGCAAACUCCAUUUUUAUUUUGUUUAUCCUAUCUAUAUUAUUUGCGCUGUAAUUGCAAUGGAGAAGAGACACUUCCAUGCACCAAAUUUUGGAAAAUGAAAUAUUACAGGACAUUAAUAAAAGCAAAAAGCUACUUCA